AUGUGUCCGGACCGGUCAGCUGUCAACAUUCAAGUCGUUCAACCUCCCCUCCCACCACCACCCCAUCUCACCCUGCCUCUCUCAUCCACAACGCGUCAGCCCCACUCCACCGACCACUCGAGCACGAUUCGAGAAACGACAAAACCUUUCUCCCCUAAUCGCAGCAUCCCUCCACGAUCGCAUCCCCACUCCGCGCCGUCAUCAUGCGUCCCUCUCCUCUCCUCUCUUCCUCCCUCGCUCGUGUCCCCUCCUACCUUGCGUGCCCCAUCCCUACCUCUCAGUCCGUCCGCCAUCGUCGUCCGCUCCUGCCAUCUCCCCUCCAUCCUCAAGAUCGCCGUGACGAUGGGGCCAUCUGUCCCCAUCAACAACCUCGACGCCCCGGCAUGUGAUCCCGCCAUGUCGGGCCUGGAGGGUGUAUACCCACCCGUCCGAGUCGCCGUCGCCAUCCCUCCUGAGUCGCCAUCUCUCCCGAGUCGCCGUCCGUCCCUAGUCGCCGUCGCCGUCCAUCUCGCCUACCAACAUUCUACAUCCGUGGAACCGAAUGAGGGCAGUGGGCGGUGUUGGCAGCAGCGGCAGCGGUUCAUCCUCUUCGACUGCUCAUUCGCGUCAUGGUCGAAUACUUCGGGAAGGGGCUGCGUCAAAAGGAGGGUGUUGAGGGUGUUCGAGUCAGGGGCGUAG